AUGCUUCGUCAUGCUUCUAGAGCGGACAAACAUGAUUCUGAUUGGUCUUCAAUGAAAUCUGAUCCUAGAGUCAAUCAUUCCGAUCAUUGGCUUGCAGCAUACGAUCCCCCCAUUGACCCCUUCCGAGCUAUCAAUGAAGUUGACUUAGCCUACAAGAAGAUUUCAUCUCACAUUCCAACCGCAUCAAGAAUAUUCAUGCAUUGUUCUCCAUAUAAUCGUUGUGUUCAAACCGCCAGACUUCUAGCAAACCAAUUCGUACAUACGGAAUCAGGUAUUCAGUCGCAAAAACACCAAGGAAUCCAACGAAAAUUAAAGCUUAGAAUAGACCAAGGCCUAUCAGAGUGGCUGAAUGAAAACUUCAGAUUGGAACAUCUUCCACCGAAUGAUGGGGGAGCAUCCAUGAUAAGCAAUGUAAACCUGUAUCUGGAAAACACGCUUACUAGUCUACCAAUGACAGAUGAUGAAAGGAGCAAGCUGAAAGCGCUCAGAGAUUUUGAUUGGCUUCAUAACAAAUUUGGAAAAUGUGGAGAUUAUGGAGAGAAACCGUCGGAAUUUCAGAUACGCUGUGCUAAUUAUCUUGCUAGUCUUGUGCGGUAUUAUGAGACUCACGUUCCAGAGGAACUAAAAGAAGAUUCGGUCAUAUUGAUAAUAACCCAUGGGGCUCUUAUCUCAAUGUUUCUGGAAAUUAUACUGGGGCGGCGAAACUUUAGUGAAAUUCCGGUUUGUACACCAAUAUAUCUCAAAAAUGGACGGCCUGAGUGUUAUCUUUUUAAAGAUUAUGACUUCAACCUAAAAUCACUUGUCCCUGUUACGAAAGAUCAAGAAUUUUAUCAUCUCCUAGAUAAAGAGUUCAAAUUGAAGGAUCUAAAUAGCAAAGCUACAACCGAAGAUCAAUUAGCGAGAUUUACACCAGACGUCUCACAAUUGGUAGCGUGCAAUAGUCCAGCUACGCAUCGACCAAGAAGCAGAACCAUUAAUGUGGUCGGUCCCACAGUUGACUCAAAUAAUAAAUUCUCCGCUCCGUUGCGCCAGGUCAGGUCAUCAAAACAGCUUCACUUGAUGGACAGUACCGCGAAAGAAGGUAAAAUACUAGAUUUGAAUAAACUUGAGGGAUUUUUGGGGGUGACGUCCGAUUCUGAUGACGAAUCAGACGUCCAACUCUGCAAUCAAGGGUCCUCUGGCUCAGAAACUGAAGAUUCAAGCUCGGAUUUGCUUUUGGGAGAAGAUAUUAUAGUUAGUGAUUCAAAUUCUUUCCAAGACAUUGUUGGACACAGAAACUCGAUGUCCAAAAUUAAAAAUUCGGGUUUUACAAUUUCGCCUGGACCUAAUUUCGAGAUUCAACAUCAAAAAUGUGAGCGACGAACUGAGGCCUUUAGCAAAGAGAGUCGAUCCUCAACUAGCUCCACUGCCCCCUUUGAAAGCAAACACUCAACUCUUGAGGAAAUGAGUGCACAAGAUGACUGUAAAUAUGAAAUAUUGCCGUUCGUACAAUCCAAUGACGAAGUGCACAAAAAGGCUAAUACAAAGUCUCAAAACAUACACACAUAUCGACUCGCUCAGAAAUCGAAGGGGUCCCUAAAAAGAAUUCUCUUUGGUUCUCCCGACAAACAGAUGCAGCAUUGCGAUGAAAGCUUGACUUGGCUAGGAAGUAAUAUCAAAAAGCAGGUUGCAUAG